AUGCGAUCCAUUUACCUAAUAAUGCAUUCAUCAACUGUUGAUGUAUCUUACCACUUUUGUAGGCAUUACCAAAAAUCAAAGGAAGUAGAUGUUAAAAAAAUGAACAAUAUUUUCCUCAAACCAGAAUUAUCGACGUAUGCUAAUGAAAAGCAAUUAGCAGCCUGGGGAAACAAUAAAAAACAAAACACGUUCGCAAAUGCCCUGUUACAAUCAAUUGUCUAUUUACGUCAUUUACAAGUUAAGAUUUCUCAAAACGAAUCUCGUUUGUCCGAUCAUCAUAAAGCUUUAUGUACGUUGUUACUUGAAGCCAUGAAAGGGAAGAAAAAAAUCACAGAAAAGAAUAUUGAUACCGUACUACAAUAUGUGACGAACGAAGUAACAGAAAAUGAUGCUCUACUAACAUCUGGAAAUAGUCAAAACUGUCCCAGAAUAAUCAACAUGCCAGCAUUAAAAUUUCUCAGAGAAUGUGUGUACCCGAUUUUAGAUACGAAUGUAACUGUUGCAUCAUUAUUUCGACUAGUUUGUCAAUCUUGUGAACAUGAAUCAAACAUGUUGAUAUUUCAUGACAUAAUUGAAUAA